AUGCUGUCUUCGGGGCUGCGCCGUUUCGCAGCCUCCUCCACCCGCCAGACGCCGGCACGAUGCUUCUCUAGCACGCCUUCGGUCAAGAAGAUCAUCACACCCAGCGGCAACCUGAGGGCCAAGGAGGUUUCGCCGAUGAUAGGGAACAAGUAUCCCAUCAUUGACCACGAAUAUGACGCCCUUGUUGUUGGAGCCGGUGGCUCAGGUCUUCGAGCAGCCUUUGGUCUCGCAGAGGCAGGUUUCAACACCGCAUGCAUAUCAAAGCUUUUCCCGACACGAUCACACACCGUCGCCGCUCAGGGUGGUAUCAACGCCGCGCUAGGAAACAUGCACAAGGACGACUGGAGAUGGCAUAUGUACGACACCGUGAAGGGCUCGGAUUGGCUUGGAGAUCAAGAUGCGAUCCAUUACAUGACCCGCGAGGCGCCACAGUCUGUUAUUGAGCUCGAGAACUACGGAUGUCCUUUCUCCCGGACUGAGGACGGCAAAAUCUACCAGCGAGCGUUUGGUGGACAGUCGCAAGACUUUGGAAAGGGUGGUCAGGCAUACCGUUGCUGCGCUGCUGCGGACAGGACUGGCCACGCUCUUCUUCACACGCUCUACGGACAAUCUCUCAGGCAUAACACCAACUACUUCAUCGAGUUCUUCGCCAUCGACCUGAUUAUGGAGGAUGGAGAGUGCAAGGGUGUGGUAGCAUACAAUCAGGAAGACGGCACGCUGCACCGCUUCCGCUCUCACCACACGGUUCUUGCCACUGGCGGAUACGGGCGCGCAUACUUCUCCUGCACAUCGGCACACACUUGCACUGGUGACGGUAUGGCUAUGGUUGCUCGCGCUGGUCUGCCGAACCAGGAUAUGGAGUUUGUGCAGUUCCACCCAACUGGUAUCUACGGCGCCGGAUGUCUAAUUACCGAAGGUUCUCGUGGCGAGGGUGGCUACUUGCUUAACAGCGAGGGUGAGCGGUUCAUGGAGCGCUACGCACCUACCGCCAAGGAUCUCGCGUCUCGAGAUGUCGUCAGCCGAAGCAUGAUGAUGGAAAUCCGAGAGGGACGGGGUGUCGGCCCGGACAAGGACCACAUCUUCCUUCAGUUGUCGCACCUGCCACCGGAGGUUCUGCACGAACGUCUACCCGGUAUUAGCGAGACGGCAUCCAUUUUCGCAGGUGUGGACGUCCGGAAACAGCCAAUUCCCGUGCUCCCAACAGUCCACUACAACAUGGGUGGUAUCCCGACCAAGUACACUGGUGAGGUGAUGACUGUCGACGAGAGCGGAAACGACAAGGUUGUGCCUGGUCUGUUCGCUUGCGGUGAGGCGGCAUGUGUGUCUGUCCACGGAGCCAACCGUUUGGGAGCAAACUCACUUCUCGAUUUGAUCGUCUUCGGCCGUGCGGUCAGCCACACGAUCCGCGACAACUUCUCGCCCGGCAAGCCUCACAAGGAGAUUCCUGCUGAUGCUGGAGCGGACGCCAUCAGCAGCGUGGACUUUAUCAGGAACGCAGAUGGGCCGAAGAGCACGAACCAGAUUCGGACAGAGAUGCAGCGAGUGAUGCAGGAGGAUGUCUCCGUGUUCAGAACGCAGGAGUCGCUCGAGUCAGGUGUCAAGAGAAUGAAGGAUGUCGACUCCUCCUUCCACCAGGUCGGCACCAAAGACCGCAGCAUGAUCUGGAACAGCGACCUCGUCGAGACGCUCGAGCUCCGUAACCUCCUCACCUGCGCCAUUCAAACCGCCGAGUCCGCCGUCAACCGCCAGGAAUCCCGCGGCGCCCAUGCCCGUGAAGACUACCCAGAGCGUAACGACAAGGAAUGGAUGAAGCACACCAUCACGUUCCAGAAGAAGCCGCAUGAGCAGGUGGAUCUGGGAUACAGGAGGGUAGAGAUGAACACGCUCGAUCAGGGAGAGUGCGAGGCGGUGCCGCCGUUUAAGCGGACGUACUAA